AACGGAUGGAAAAAUUCGAAAGGAAAUCUUUAUAUUAGCGUAACGAAUAAAAGAGCCUAUAAUCAUGCAUCGAAACUAAAGAUCAAAAAAACAUCAAGUUUUGCAUUUUUAAACAAUAAAUUGUCAAACAAUGUUGUUUCAUCAUAUAAUUACGCGACCGAUGCGUCCCUCGCAUCUCUGAAAAAUUUUUAUCCGCCGACCGAGCGUGAUGACGCCAACGAAAAACCCAUAUUUAUCACCACGCCUAUAUUCUAUGUAAAUGCGACACCUCACAUAGGACACCUAUAUUCAGCAGUGAUAGCGGAUAGUCUUAAAAGAUAUUAUGAGCUAAAAG